GCCCUCAGUAUAGAGGAGACACACAUGUAGCUGUCCCCACCUGUGACUCAGCCUGGCCUUGUGACGUACAGCGGCUCCUGUGGUGACUGACUGGCCAGGUCCGCUCCCCGCCAGCUGCUCGCUUCACUGAUAGCAGACACUGUCAGCACAGCCGGGAUCCACACUGCCCGGAGCGGGGCCAUACACGGGAGGCGGCUGAGGUAGAUUCUGCGGAGACGAGCCGUGACUGGGAGAAGUUAUGACAGCCUGGGAUGGAUGGAGAAGACGGAAAAAGGGAAGAACUCCAAUCAGAGGAGACGUCAUCUAUCAUCAUGACAGAUACCAUUUUUGGCAAUGGAGCAGAUCAAUGGGUGUGCCCCAAUGACAGACAACUAGCCCUCAGAGCCAAGCUCCAGACCGGUUGGUCAGUACACACCUUUCAAACGGACAAGCAGAGAAAGAGUCAGUCACUUGACCAAAAUGAGAUAGAGUCAAUUCUCCAAGUCAUUAGAAGGGCCGAGAAAGUAGAUACCCUGGAACAACAGAGAAUUGGACGUCUGGUGGAAAGACUAGAAAAUAUACGGAAGAAUGUGAUGGGAAAUGGGAUUUCCCAAUGCCUGCUGUGUGGGGAGCACCUCGGAAUACUAGGCACCACUUCUGUCUUUUGCCAAGACUGUAAAAAGAAAGUCUGCACAAAAUGUGGAAUUGAAACAAUCAGCAACCUGAAGAGGCCCACCUGGCUCUGUAAAAUAUGCAGUGAGCAAAGAGAGGUCUGGAAGAGAUCAGGAGCUUGGUUUUACAAAGGUAUCCCAAAAUAUAUUCUACCAUUGAAAAUUUCAAGUAAAACUAGGGAACUUCACCUGAGGCAUGCACAAGCUGAGUCUCAGAUUCAAGAUGUGAGGACUUUUGUAACAAAUCGGACAUAUACCUGGGCAAAAGGAAGAGUGGCCUCCAGUGAUAGUGAAAGUGACUCUGAAUUAAGUUCUUCAAGUUUAGAUGAGAAAGUUUCAUCUGAUUCCAAAGAGAAGUCCCGAAAAACAAGAAUUGACUCUGUUUCAAGUACUGAGCCUACUUUAACUUUGGCUGGUCAUCAGAAAAAACAUUUUGGUGGAAUGCACUCCAGUGGCUUAUCAGGCAGUUUGAAUAGUCUUGGUAGUGAUCGUGGAGGUGCUGGAAGUGCCACUGAAAGCUGUCCUGGAGAAUUUAUUGAAGGCUAUGAUAGUGACAUCAGCAGACGUGGUCCAGAAGAGAAGAUUGCAAAAUAUCUGAAAAGAAGAAAUGCUGCUCGUCAUGUAUUGGGAAAACAUCAUGGAAGUGAGAAUAUGCGCCGCUGACCACAUAGGAAUUAACGAAGUAUAUGCUUGAAUUGAAAUAGAAAAUUUUGUGAAGGACAAAAUUCCAAACUGCAAAUUCUGUCAUGAAUCUGUCAUCAAGUGCUAGUCUAUAAAUGGUGUGUGUUGUGUGAAUUAUUUUAGCCAUUGUUUGAAUAUUUGCAUUUAAGUACUUUAAUAUAAUAAGUGUUUAUUAACUAACUAUAUUAUUAUGAAAAAAAUAUUGUUUAUGAAUGUGUAUGUUUAAGAAUAUUGUGUGUAUUGGUUUUUGUGAAAGACUUCAGCUUGUAAAGCUAACUUGUUUAGAUAAUUGUAUGUUUCUGUAUUUUCUUUUACUGUUUAAAACCCUCUGAAAUAACUGCAGUAAUUAAAGGGGUACUCCGGUGGAAAACUUUUUUUUAAAUCAACUGGUGCCAGAAAGUUACAGAUUUGUAAAUGACUUCUAUUAAAAAAUCUUCACCCAUCCACUACUUAUUAGCAGCUGUAUGCUACAGAGGAAAUUAUUUUGUUUUUGGAUACUUUUUUGUCUUGUCCACAGUGCUCUCUGCUGACACAUGAUGCCUAUAUUAGGAACUGUCCAGAACAGGAGAAAAUCCCCAUAGCAAACCUAUGCUGCUCUGGACAGUUCCUGACACGGACAGAGGUGUCAGCAGAGAGCAUUGUGGACAACACAAAAACGAAAUUCAAAAAUAAAAGAAUUUCCUCUGUAUUAUAUAAAUAGAAGUAAUUUAAAAAUCUGUUUAACUUCCUGGCACCAGUUCAUUUAAAAAAAAAAAGUUUUCCAUAGGAGUACCCCUUUAAGACAACUACAGAAAUGAGCCACCCAAAACAUAUUUCUAUACACAUAAUUAUAUUUCUUUUUUGUUUUUAGUGUAGGGGAUCACUAGGGAAACGAAACAGAAAAGCAGACCUUAUUCCAGGUUUACAACUGCAGCACAUUUAUAAAUCUGCCUCAGUGGGUCCAGUAGAUCUGGUUAUCUCUUUUGUUAUUGCUGAGCCAGAUACAUUGUGCUAACUUAUUUCCCCUGCAUAAAGACAGUAGGAGCAAGACUGCGUUUCUUCCUGACACAAUCCUCACACCCUGAACACAAGUAAAUACAACUUCACAGGACUAAAUAUCAGAAAGCUGGUGAAGAACUUGGGUAUUGUCAAUGGAUUUCAUUGAUAGUGGACACACUAUUAUUAUAUUUUAUUAUGUAUAUUUCUGGGUGUUAACUUUAAAGGUGCUUGUUUAUAUUAUGCUACUAUAUUUUAAAUAUAUUUUUGUUUAUUUUACUUUAACAAUUCAAUACUCUCUAUUGAGUCCUAUAUACAUAUAUUACAAAGAUAUUGAAUAGAAAAAAAAUAAUUUAGCUCACCCCUUUUACUUUUCUGUAGAAAUUGAAAAUUGCUGUACAGGUACAUGAGGACAUGGCAGACUGGAUCCCAUGUAGUAGUAAACGGAAAAAUUGAAGGAUUUCCUUCAGCAUCAAUGCCUCUUGUUAAAAACUCAUCCGUUACUUGGAAUAAUUAACAAACACAUAUAUCCAAUGUGUACAGCAGGUAUAUACAUUAAUUUCAUGUGUUUUUAGCCAUAUAACGGUUCUUAAUCGUAGAGACUCUUAGAGAUUUGUAGCCCUUCUAAGCUUAGAAACAGGUACAAUUGAUGAAGUAAUGUAAAUACCUACUGUGCUCAUGGAUAUAUAAAUAUAUAUGUGUGUGUGUGUGUGUGUUUAAUGGAUUUCUAAUAAAGGAUGCAUUUUUAAUAAGAUUCAUUGAUGCUGGAGGAAGUCCUUCUUUUCAUCUGGUUAGGGAGAUAUAUUCUUUUACUAUGUAUUUACACUGAAGUAUCUUUAAAGCUUGAAGAUAUAUAGCUAAAAUACAAAAAACACUUUGUAUUAUUCAAUGUAUAAAAUGUUAAUAAAUGGGUUUAACUUUCUAUCUGGGAAUACAAAAAAAGUAGAAGUAACUUCUGUUCAUCGUCUUGCUUAACAUACUGUUUUCUGUGAUAUUUUUGCUAGAAUUCUUAAAUUCUGUUUGGCUUGUUUCAACUGUGUAAUACAUCAGAUUAUAUAUCUUAUAUUACAAAAUUAAUUCAAGAAAAAUAAAAAUGAAGUACCGGUACUCUACAUUUUUAGGUGAGCCAGCACAGCUACAGAGGCAGAUAAUAUCCUCUCAACAAAAAGGUCUACAGGGGCAUCUUGACUAUGAAUAGGAGGUGGAAUAGAGUAGAUCAGUCACACACAAAUUUGACUGCAUUUUCCUACACCUAGAGCCAAAUAUGGUCUUUUUAUAGUUCAUAACACUUCAUAGAUUGCUGCCACAAAAUACAUCUCAGCCAUUGGCGAACUUACACUUCAACUCUUCCUUGAACAGUCUUGUUUUAAUCUAAUCCGGUCUUGUUCUUAACAAAGAAAACCAUGCAUUCCUUCUUUUUCUGAGAACUAUAAGAGAACAGAUAGACUGCUGACCUUUUCCAGAAAAUGGAUAUAGUAGGAUAUUGUCUUACUUAAAAGGAAUGUCCCAAGCGGAUUUUAGGCUCUCUCAGUUCAACACCAACCUGUUUCUGAGAACAGUAAUAGGUUGAAACUGUCUGGUACAAUAUAAUGUAAAAAAAAUACAUUUGAUAGCCUGGAAAACAUUAGUAAAGCUACAAGGGAGAGUGGCACGAAUAACAUUUCAGAGAAAACCCCUACAUCCAUGACUUCUUACUGGUAACUUCAACAUAUCAUGUGCUGUUAUCAAAGUUCUUUUUUUCUACAUGAUGCUGCCAGAAUAUACAAGGGCAUCAUCACUGUCAACCCAUUUUUGUCCUGGUUAUCAGGUUUGUGGCCACUAAAUUGUCCUCUGUUGACCCCUAUAACUCUUUUAUUUUUCAGUAUUUGUGCUGUAUGGGGGCUCACUUUUUAUCACUUUGUUUUGAUGGAACUUUUUGAUUGCAGUUUAUAAUUUUUUUGUGGUAUAGGACGUGACCAAAAAUAAGUAAUUCAGGACGUUGGUAUUUUUUUUUUUAAUUUACACCAUUCACUGUGGGGUUUCAUUAACAUUAUAUUUUAAUUGUUCGGACAUUU